AAUUCAUUCGGGCGUCCGGACGACAUUGUUGCGGCGGAAACGUUGGCGAAUCACGUACGGUGCAACAACUCGUUCGUGCACGCGGUGUUCCAAGCCCAGUUCCGAUCUAGUCUGACCUGUCCAAGAUGUCACCGGCAGUCGAACACGUUCGAUCCUUUUCUCUGCGUGUCGGUGCCCGUCCCCCAGAACCACCGGCAGAUGAACCUUUUCGUGAACGUGCUGUACACGUCGCAGCAGCCGCGACAAGUCAAAAUCGGCGUUAGCGUGAACCAGGCGGCUAUCGUGAGAGAGCUGAGAGAAAUAUUGGCGAGCGACACGGGGAUCGACGAGAAUCAUAUGUUGCUCACGGAAGUCCACGACGAAGGAUUUCACAGGACAUUCUCAGAUUGCCAACCUCUAUCUGUGAUCACCGAAAACGACCCGCUAUACUGCAUAGAACUGCCACAACUGAAGGAACCCACCGAGCAGGCUUACAUUCUCCUGGUAUGGAUCAACGUCCUUGUCAAAGGAGACCUCCGGCAACGCUUCGGCAGUCCGUACACGAUGCAAGUCUCCAGGGAGACGUCCUACGAAGACCUUCAAAAGCUUCUGCUCAAGGAGAUGCACAGCGUUCUGGCCGACGAUGUUCUCACGUCUAGUCAAAGCCCUGGACUGUUCAACAUCAGGGUCGCGGACCCUGCUGCCACGCCGGUCCAGGAUGAACAUCCUUGCAUAGAUCCCUGCGUCGAACAUCCCUUGUACACCGAGCAGAUCGAGCAAGCGUUGGCUCUUUGCGCCGACGAUUCGGGCCCUCAACACGUGAAGCUGAUCCUGGAAUGGGACGAAGCUGCGAAGCGCAAUAUCAUUCAGGACGACACCGAUCAGAUCGAGGAACACGCCAGCGUGAAACAAUUGAAGACCAAUUCCGAGCAAGGGGGAGCCGUCACGCUGGAAGAAUGCUUCGACCUUUACACCAGAGCCGAAAUUUUGGGAGCGGAGGACGCGUGGCAUUGUCCCUACUGCAACAAGAAACAAGAAGUUGUCAAGAAGCUAGGUCUUUGGUCUCUGCCAGACAUCUUGGUGAUACAUUUGAAAAGAUUUCGGCAGCAAUCCAAGCAAAGGUCGACCUCGAAGUUAACGAUGCUGGUCGAUUUUCCCUUGUACGGUUUCGACAUGACGCCGCACUUGGCUCACAACGGGGUUCAGACUCACAAUAACGUUAGCAGUUUAGGCGGCCUGGGCUGGUCGCCGUGGAAGAAGCCCAGACCCCGGCAACAAAAUAUUCCAAAGUACGAUGAAAAUGUCUACGACCUUUACGCGAUAUGCAAUCACCACGGCCAAGAUCUGCAGGGUGGACAUUACACCGCAUUCUGUCGGAACCCUUACGACACCCAGUGGUACUGCUUCGACGACACCAGAGUGGAAGCAGUGAACGACACGAACCUGAUCACGAACGCCGCCUACAUGCUGUUCUACCAGCGAAGAGGAUUGACCAAUAACUCGGCAACUUCUUCGGCAGCCUCCACCAGCUCCACCGGUUCCGGGCUGGACCACUGGGUCUCGAAAAUGCCACCGUUCUAUUUCUACAAUAAGUCGAACAACAACGUGACGAACAAUAACCAAAGCAAGUCGCAGGAGAUACUUUGCCAGGAGAAGAUCGUCGAGGAGAAGAACAUGACUAAUUUCAACAGAGGCUGCCGCAACUAUGCCACCUUGCAACCAAAGAAGAGAAACGUUGCGACCGAAACGGACGUUGGUCAGAUAGACCACUACUCGGACGACGAGGCGCCUUGUAGAAGGGAAUGGGCUUCACCGAAACCCGUCCGGAAAAUGUCGUCUAUCACGUUGAUACCGCAUGUGCCACAGCCGACGAUCAUCCACAGCAGCAGCGAUCCAGACACAACGAUCAUCCACGAGUCGACUUUGUAACACACGAUCUAAGCCGGACGCAAUCUGGCUCAAGCAUCGCUCAAUGUGUAGUGCCUGGAACCUGGUGUGCCGCAGAACUUUCCAAAAAUGUUGGCAUAACCAGAAUACAGACGAUUACUCGCGAAGCUUAAGUACAUUCGUUUCAUACUGAGAAAGAGAGAGAGAGAGAGAGAGAGAGAGAGAGAGAGAGAAAGAAAGAAAGAAAGAAUGAAAGAAUGAUCUAGAUUAGUAAAGACUUUGACGUACUAUCGCUCCAAAUUUCUACGCGAAAAUAUGCUUUCUCUUUAUGAUAAAAAAUGUCGAACGCGUGCGAAAGAAAAAUCAGUGCCACAUGUAGUUCUCUUGAUAUUACAUUAUAUUUCUAGGGAAAAACCGAUAUGGCAACGUUCGACGAGUACUCUUCCGAGUGCGGGAGCGAAACUCAAGGCAUUAGUGAUGAUUCUUUUGUAAUUUAUAACGUGUUUGUAUGCGGAUUGCGCGAACUGUAUUGUACAUUGUAGUUGUUAGUAGAACUUUUUAAAGAAAGGACAAAUUAUUAUAUAUUUAGUAUCGAGUACUACGAGUCCCCUCAUUACAAGUCGUCUAUUGUUAAUAUAUAAUAUAUUAGAUCUUCAACGCAAUAGGUAAACCAAUCCUACAUAUGUCUGAGAGGAAUGUGCCCGUGUCAAAAAAAAAUUCACCGCGCGACCUUUUUAUCGCGCGAAUCGAUGCUCCGUACAUCGAAGAGAAUACAGUCGUGGUUCACGAUGGAAACUAUGACAAUAAGUUGAAUCUUGCGUGCGAUGCGAUUCACGUAUCACGAUUCAUUAUAUCUACCCAAGAAUCUAUUCUUCUCUGGACGUACUGUGUAGUCGCUAACCAUUGCUUUGAAACUAUCGCUUAAACUGGAAUAUUUAUAUUAUAUUUUUAUCACCCA